AUGGAGGAAAUGAAGAUGGAGACCGUCAAGGAGGGGCCAAGAAGAGAGCAGACAGGUCCGGCUAUCGCGAAACUUCGUGAGCUGAUGACGGCUCGUCGGAUGCUAAUGGCAGCGUGGGUUGGCGUUGGAAUGGUGCCAUUCAUCCUCCAAGUCCGCAGCUAUCUGCAGUUGGUGACGAUCAUCAAAAACCUCGUGGCUCCUCCUGGUGCAGUGCGAGAGACUGCCAACUUAUCUGAGUACUGCUCCGCCAGUGGCUUCCUCAUGGCUCAAGUUACAAUCUCCACGGAGGCUACCGAGUGGGAAGCACCAGAACUACCCCCGUUCCACACGACGCCAUCAAGUUGCAGCAACGACAGCUAUCCGUUCGAGCAAUAUCUUUAUCACGGGAGCUUUGGCUACUAUGCGUUCUAUGAAGAAGCCCAAGGCUCAUACUGUGCCAAGGACGACACUGCCUAUGCGGUUGUGAAUGGAGUUGGUACCUACGACAUCAAUGGCAUAUUUCUGGCUCGCGAUUCUGGUAGUACAUUCUAUCGGUACUCCUUUUGGUAUGGCAUCAAAUGCGAGCGGAUCGGCGAGAAGCUUCAUCGAAACGAGUCCGUGGUGUUCGCGUACGAGAGCAUGCGCUUGUCGGCCCAUGGAGCGAGGAACUAUCAUCGGUUUGCGCUGUUGUACUUGAUCGUGGAGGGCGUAAUGAGCGACCUGUUCCUGCUGAUCGCGCACGACGGCCUCAGCGCUCAGACGCAGUACAUUUCGAUCGGCUACAACUUAUCGGGGCUCCUCUUGCUGUUGUGGGAAAUCGUUGAAAGCAUGAAGUGGCUCAGCGAAAGAUCGCGGAUGCUGAUCAAGCGGCUCCUGUUCAGCUACGAGUUGACGGCUGCUAUUCAGAACCAUCUCUUGGUGGCACUCAACCGGUCCGGUCUUAAGAAAUCGAACACAACCGCGUUGGCUGUCUCCUACUACUUCUGGAGCUUCGUCUGGCACACAGUUUACGUUCUCGUCCUCACGACAUACCUGCUCGUGGUUCGAGCAACAAUCUCCAUCCUACACGAUGGAGAUAAGCUCUACAUCGAGAAGGCGGCGCUGAGGGCGUUCGGGAUCCAGAUGGUGGUGGAGGAAGGCGGCGCCGAGUUCCUCGCGAUCGAGAAACUGCAUUGGCUCAAGAACCGAAAGCUCUCUGUCGCUAUUCAUCAAGAGAAGAAGCAGACGCUCGACUGCUCGGACCUCAACGAGCAUCGUCACGCCUUAAUCAGUAAGUGA